AUGAUGAAUGGUGCAAGCACAACAGGCAAAGAUGAGCAGCAUGAAAUUAUUGAAUCGAGUACCACGAUCGCUGAACAUAAGAUUGGAUACUGUAGAUAUGGUCGAGGAAAAUACAGAAUGCUUUUCAUCUGUGGUGGUGUCGGCUGCUAUAAGAAAGAUUUUCCGGAGCGAGUGUUAAAAGCGUUCAGUCCUGCGCAUUAUACGAUCAUUUGUAUCGAUCCGCCAGGCUAUGGUACCAGUCGUCCACCUGAUAGAAAGCAAGAAGUCAAUCGUUGCAUGAAAGACGCUUCAUUCUGUAUCAAACUUAUGGAGCAUUUGAAUUUGACACCAUUUGUGGUGCUGGGCUGGAGUGAAGGCGCACGAACAGCAGUUCAUGUUGCUGGCCAAGGAAAACAACUUGUCAACGGUAUGAUCCUACUCUCUGCAGGCACUCGGGUCGAUUUUCGUGGAGCUGGUAUAUUUCGAGGAAUGCGCAAUACAGAACAGUGGAUGCCGGAUGCUAUGGAAGUGUAUCUGAAGCACUAUCCUAAGGAAUUUGUUACAAAACAAUGGGCUGACCUCUGCGACGUCGUGCAACAGUAA